GUCCUCCUCCUCUGACAGUGAGCGGGUAUAUGACGGGACACACAGACACACAGCCAUCAGUCGCCUGUGGACUCUCACUGGACAAGCACAGCAUACUCUCCCUUACGUUGUACUCUCACAGACGUUAACUCUCCCUUUCCACCACCACCACCACCACCGCCGCCGCCAUGCCUAACAUACCCUCAGAAGUUACAUCUUUCGUCGGGGAUCUGGCCUCAAGUGUCGACCUCUUCAAGAACCAGGUGAAGGAUGCGGUGAAGUCCCUCGAUUUGACUACAGUGGCGGCUCUCCUGCUGGUGGUCGCCGGUGCCAUCCUUCUGUACGAUCUGCUGGUGUUUGCUCUCGCCUCCGCGGCUUCUAGACGAUCCUUCAUGGUGACUCCGCUGCUCUACCGCCUCGCCCACAACGCAUGGGACAUGAGGGACGAGAUGGGCUUCACCAACUUGAUAGAGUCGCGUCUUGGCUCGGGGGCGCUGGGCAUCGUGUCUGACCCCUUGGCGUCCCUCAGGUCCCUGCAGGAGGCGUUCCCGAUCCUGGACUCCAUCGAGAAGGCGUACGAGAAAUACCAGGACCUCCUCGACUUCGAUUAGCAGGCUGUGGGUGUCUACGAAGUCCUCCCGUCCUCUUCCCGAUGUCCUUCCGCCCUUACUGGAGUUUUCGGAGUUUUCUCGUUCCUGCUGAAGAUUCUCCGUCAGUAGUUCAGUUAUCCUGCUUCUGCUGCAGCCUCUCGCUCUUGCUGAAAUGUUCCUGCUGCUGGUGUAGUAGGUUGCUGGCUUGUAUAAAUGUGUUCUUGUCUAUUUCAUGAGUUUUUUUAAGUGUUGGAAGCUUCUUGAUUCUUUUUACUCCUUCUUAUUUUCUUCAUAUGGCUUUUCUUUUGAUGUGUUCUAAUUCUCCUUAGCCCUCUUGUGCAGUCUUGUUUGUCUGAUUGUGAUUUUUCUCUUCGUUUAGUUGUCCUGAAAAGAUUCUUGCUUCGUCUAGCUCUUCUUCUUCCUCUUGAUUUCUCUCUUACUGCAUUUGGAUUCCCUUUAAACGUCUCUUGUUCCUCAUGGAGUUUUUUCUUCGUCUAGCUGCCGUGAAAGCUUUUUGUUCCUUCUUAAUUCCUUUUCUCCGUCUUGAAAUUUGUCUUAACACUGAUUCCCUUUAGAGUUUCUGUUUACUCCUUACUAAGUCUUGUAAUUAGGACCCUUUCGUUCCUCUUAUACAUCAUUAUCUCUUCGUUUCUUUUAUCCCUCAUGAAGUCUUUCGUCCCUUAUACUCAAUUCUUCCGAUUCUGAAACCCUGCUUUAGUCGAACCGCUCCCUUCUUGCUCCCACUGACGCUUCCCCCACCAAAGGAAGCUCGAUGUGUAGCUUCCUUCCUUCCUCCCUCCUUCCUCCCCCGCACCCCUGCCUGUGCUGUUGUGUCCAAGACGCUGCGGAAACAAGAGAGCAUUGUCGUUUCCCUCUUAUGGUGUGAAAUUUUAUGCCUUUUUGCUUAUUUAAAUAAAGAUAUAUGUUUGCUUUA